AUGCCUCACGAAAUUGAUCUGAAUGGAAAUCCCAGAAAUCCUUGGCAUAAUAUCAUAGAGGAACUUGGAGAUCCUGAAGAACAGGCCAAUCAACGAAAUCGUCAGCACCUUCAACCUCCUCGUCCAUAUAUUGGCGACAAUACAUAUAUUGCAGCCGAUCAGCGAGGCCAUGAAUUAAUAGGGUUCCCCGAAGAGGUAUCACAGAAAGCUACUCAAGCUGCCAAUCAUGUCACUUUUCGAAUGCCCACUAAGAUUUACUCGCCUGAAAGAUACAGUGUAUCAUCUCGAAAUAGCAACAGCAUUUCGCCAACAAGAAAAUAUGACUCACAAUAUUCACCUUCACCUACAAGGCCACUAUUAAGGUCCGAUGUACUCGGCAGUGGAUUCAAGCCGGCAGGAAUAUCGCAGGGAAGAACCCGAAUUCCUGAUAUACCCGAUAUGGAUGGUGAUACAGCUACAGAGACAACUUGUUCUUCAAGCACAAAAAUUCCAGAACCUCGACAAGCCAAUGAACCAUCAGCUGGCCACAUCGCCAGCCCGCAGAACUCGGAUCCUUUCUGUGGCUAUGACUUUGACGAUGGUAACAGUGAAAAGAAUGGCGAUGACGAUGAAGUGCGCAGACAUGGAACUAGUGAUCAUUCAUGGCAGAAAGAAGGACCUGAAGAGUUUGUACCCUUCCCAGACCUUGAAAACUCCUACUAUCCAAUCAAUCCACCACAGGAUUUCUACGACCCGUUUUCAUUUGAAAGUUACUAUAACGACGAUGGUUCGGCUAUGGAGUCUUCAUCGGAUGACCCCACAGUUAAAGAGAAGGGGGAAGACGAUGAUGAUAUGGACCAAUUCAUGGAUUUAUACGAAAAUGGGGAAGGGCAGUCAGAUCUAGCCGCCAGGCAGGUUCGUAUGGUGAACGGUAACUUAGUGUUGGAUUGUCCAGUCUCUGAUGUGCUUCUAAACAAGUAUAAAGUUCCGCUUACUGAAAGAGAUAGAGAGUUUCUCUUCAUGAGAUUCCAGGCCUGCACUGCAGAUCCCAACGAAUUCUUGGAAAAGAACUUCAGUCUUAGACAGAGAUUCUACACGCAGCCAAGAGGGACAGAAAUGCUGGUUGUGAUCACCAUGUACAACGAAUCUGAAAUACUACUUGCCAGGACAUUAAAGGCUGUAUUCAAAAACAUUCGAUACCUUUAUUCUUUAAAGCACAGUUCAACUUGGGGCAGAGACGCAUGGCAAAAAAUUGUUGUAUGCGUAGUGAGUGAUGGAAGAAGGAAGAUCAAUCUCAAAUCCAAGGCUCUUUUGGCAGCCAUGGGGGUGUACCAGGAAGGAUUUGCUAAGAAUAAGAUUAACGAAGAUAAAGUUGUCAGCCAUAUUUACGAGUAUACCACCAUGGUUGGCAUUUCAAAAAUAUAUCGUGAUCAUGUGACCCUUACAACUGAAAACCAGGUUCCUGUUCAGAUGAUAUUCUGUUUGAAGGAGAAAAACCAGCAGAAGAUCAAUUCUCAUGCCUGGGCCUUCCAGGCUUUUGCCAAAAUCUUGCAGCCAAACAUUGUCACAUUAGUUGAUGUUGGUACCGAGCCUCAAACUAAGUCGUUGUAUAGACUCUGGAAGUCUUUCAAAGAUCCUCGUGUGGCUGGUGCCUGUGGAGAAAUCAAGGCAAGUUUGGGAGCCCAUGAUAAGCUCCUUUUAAAUCCGUUGGUUGCUGCCCAGAAUUUUGAGUAUAAAACCUCUAAUAUUCUUGAUAAGCCUAUGGAGUCUGUUUUUGGCUUUGUCACAGUCUUGCCUGGUGCAUUCAGUGCAUAUAGAUACCAAGCAUUGUUAGGAGCACCUCUAGAUAAAUAUUUUAAAGGCCAAGAUUUGAAAAAGAGCAACGAUGACGGUAUUUUCAACGCUAACAUGUAUCUUGCCGAAGACAGAAUUCUCUGCUUUGAAUUGGUGGCCAAAAAAAACUGUUCCUGGAUUCUAAAGUACGUCAAUUCUGCAAGUGCCUAUACUGAUGUUCCGGAGCAUCUUCACGAGCUAAUCAGCCAAAGAAGAAGAUGGUUGAAUGGUUCAUUUUUCUCGGCUAUCUAUUCAUUGUGCCAUUUCUAUCGAACCUGGCAUACCUCGCAUUCCCUUGGGCGCAAAAUAUUGCUUCAUAUCGAGUUCAGUUACCAGCUUCUUAACUUACUUGUUUCCUGGUUCUCAUUAGGUUCAUACUACCUUGUCUUCAGAACAUUGACUGUGUAUCUCGGUGAUUCGGACUCGAACUUUGCACCGGGAAAUGUACUUUCCGUCAUAUUCUUGUGGAUCUACUUGGCAUCUUUGGCUACAACAUUUGUUCUAGCCCUUGGCAACAAGCCCAAAGGUACCAAGAAGUUCUACUUAGCCAUUGUGUGGUUCUUCGCAAUUCUCAUGAUCUACAUGAUCUUUGCUGCCAUUUAUAUGGGCAUUCAGGCUAUUCAGGAUAUCCUCCAAGAACAUUCAUCCGACUUCAAAAUCAAGUAUCUAUUUACAGAGACUCGAUUUAGAGACUUGAUCGUGGCCACUUCUUCCACGUAUCUCCUCUAUUUGGUAGGUUUCACAAUGUACUUGCAACCAUGGCAUAUGUUCAACAGUUUUAUCCAAUAUCUGUUAUUAAGUCCGUCAUAUACCAAUGUGUUUAAUGUGUAUGCUUUCUGUAACAUGCACGAUAUAUCCUGGGGUACAAGAGGAGAAGACAAUGCAAACGAUCUCGGUGUCGCUAAAACCACCAAAAAUGCAACGGAUGGGGAGUUGGAAAUUGUGAUUCCAACCACCAAGCAUCAGAUCGAUAUGGCGUAUAGAAAGAUAGUGGAGGAGCUUACCACGAGAGAUGAAAGUCCUGCUGAGGAGACACUGAGUAUGGAUGAAAAAACAUCCUUUUACUAUGCCAAUAUGAGAUCUAUUACUCUUCUAGUCUGGUUGUUCACAAACUUUGUUCUUGUUGCUGUUGUUACUGAUACAGGAGGGUUAUCGCAACUUUCCAGUGACAGCAGCGACGACGAUCCGUUGCCAAUGAAUAAAACGUUCAUCUUCCUUACGGUGAUUCUAUGGAUAGUGGCAUUUAUGGCUCUUUUCAGGUUCGUCGGAUCCUCGACAUAUCUUAUUCUCAAGCUUGUAGACAGGUUCAGGUUACGCAAAUUCAGAAAGAGUUACAGUAUCCGAGGAGCACAAUACGAUGUAUAA